UGCCUUUCACCCUCUUCUGUGUGGAGACGCCACAACCUCGACCACCUCAAACGAAACAAUAACAAUAACACAAAAUGAGCACCGCGGCUCAGCCCAUUUUCUCAAAGGGAGAGGACUGCAAGGCCUCCUGGCACGACGCCAGCGCCGGCUACAAUGAAGCCGACACACACCUGGAGAUCAUGGGCAAGCCCGUGAUGGAGCGCUGGGAGACCCCCUACAUGCACUCCCUGGCGACCGUUGCAGCCUCUAAAGGCGGUCGGGUUCUGGAGAUUGGUUUCGGCAUGGCCAUCGCCGCCACCAAAGUGGAGUCUUUCCCCAUCGAGGAGCACUGGAUCAUCGAGUGCAACGACGGCGUCUUUGCACGACUGGAGAACUGGGCCAAGUCUCAGCCUCAUAAGGUCGUCCCCCUGAAGGGCCUUUGGGAGAAUGUUGUUCCCACUCUGCCAGACAACCACUUUGAUGGUAUCCUGUAUGACACAUACCCUCUGUCUGAGGAGACAUGGCACACUCACCAGUUUGACUUCAUCAAGGGUCACGCUCACAGGCUGCUGAAACCCGGCGGCGUCCUCACCUACUGCAACCUGACGUCCUGGGGCGAGCUGCUCAAGAGCAAAUACGACAACAUCGAGAAAAUGUUUGAGGAGUCCCAGGUGCCUCAUCUGCUCCAAGCCGGCUUCAAGAAGGAGAAGAUUAGCACCACCACCAUGGACAUUGCACCGCCCAGCGAAUGCAAAUACUACUCCUUCAAGAAGAUGAUCACUCCCACCAUUGUAAAAGACUGAAGUCCGAAGAUAUCGCUGUAGCAUUUUUUUUUUUUUUACUCAGAAGUGCCGUUUCUCAUUGACCCUCAUCAUUGUGCCACGUUUCAAUAAACCCAACACCAUCCCAAAUCA